AGGAAACGAUGAAGGAAAGGUAGACACUCCACAUUGAGAUUCAAGGGACAGUAUAUAGCACAGCACUCCCACAGGAAAGAGAUUAUUGAGUCGGCCAAAACCUUGUGAGUUGGCUUUGACUAGCACUUUGAUGUGCGAUUCCAAUAUCGAAGCUGAAGCGACUCCAUGCUCAAGCAAAAACAUGGCUGCGAUCAUUUUAUAUCAUCGGCAGCCUAGGCCUUGGCGAGUUUUAAUAUUCUUCAACAACCUAAGGUGUUCAACAAAUGAAAAACAAUGCAGGACGCAUCGAAAAAAGCUGAAGGAGUCCAUUGUCGUGCAUCAAGUAUCGAUGACAAACAAUUUGAAUCGCUCCAACUGACCUCCGCUGGAUCCAGAGGUUUAGUGGAAAAACCGGCGAAGGGGUCACAUGAAUUCACGUGGAUUCCCGGGACGCCGGCUCUAAAAUUGGCAGAAUCGGCGAACGAUAUCCAUCAACAGGAAGAAGGGUCCUUUAAUCUUCUCACGACAUCAUUUGAGUCGAUCGAUGCGGCACCGUUUUCCCCCGCUGCAAACAGUACCCGUGGCUCACUGGCCGUCGAUUCCGUGUUCUCUUUGCAAGAAGACUCUCAUCCUACGGGUGAAAACCCUCCACAUAUGAACGAAUCGGGUUCGGAAUACUCGUUCGGGGAUCUUUCCCCAAUCAAGAUGGACUAUACGGGAGGGUCAUGUCAGAUUGCAGUCUCGCAAGUGCCUUCGCUCACCGGAAAUCGCUUGUCACUUGAAUCCGUUGAUGGUCUUUCGCACAAUGAAUUCGACGGUGAAGCGAUUUCAAACCCUUACUACGUCCUACGGACAGUACGCAAAGCGUUUGAUUUGUGCCGGUACUGUUUACCAUGCCUACGAGGUUCGGAAUCUCGUACAAUUCACAUAAGUGAGCGUGCACAUAUUCGUCAACACAUAGAACGAGAGGUAAGCGGAACAGCGUUUAUGCAGAAAGAUUCUUUACAAGCGCUCACCAUCAAGCUGCAACAGGAAACGUACAGUAAUUCAGCAGACUUCGUAAUUGCAACCCGGCGGAUAGAAGCAGCUAUUUGUGCUUUCGGGGGCGCUCUCUAUUCAAGUUCUUCAACGAGGACAGAUUCCAUCUUUCGGCUAACUGGGCCUUCAAGUUCGCGAAGAAGGCGCUACUUUCUUAGCGGAUCACGUAUUUCUUGGGCAGUCGAAGAAAACCCGCCGGUCGACAUAUUUAGUGAAGAUGAAAACGAUGUAUCCAGUUCCGGUCAGCCCUCAUCCAAACGGUCUCGAUCCAUUGAGGUGCUUCACGGCCAGGAUCCAGUAUACUGUACUCACCGUCUGGGCUCUUCUAUUUCGUCUGACGAAGCAAAAAUGAAGUACCGAUGCAAGCUAUGUGGCCAAUUGAAGCAAAAUCACAACUGCCCGAAUCGUCAAUUACUUCAUAGAAGUAUUGGGGUCAUGGUAUAUCCGGCAGUCAACUCGUUCACAGCGGCUGAACCAGGAACAAUUGCCCCUCCAUUGAGCAAAAUGAACAAUUUUGUAUCCUACGAUUCGGAUCAUGGAAACCCAGAUCAAGAUCAUGAGGACACCCUUGAUACAGCUCGGCGGGAUAUGAAUGUGAACCCUUUUCUUGCUGGAGUGUGUCCGACCAGCGUUACACCGGAGUCACUUCGCGCUGCUUCCUCGUACUAUCAUUCUCCUCAAUCUUCCCUAUCUCUUCACAGCGAUGAUGCCUCUCCCCUGGUUGCGCAAUCCCCAAUAACGCGACUACCAAAGAAAUUGAAGGCCUCCGGCGUACAUCUAACUCGCGCGAAGACAGUGUCGAGUGAGGCAAAAAAUCCGUUGCACUCUUCUGUUUUUGUCGCUAGCGUCCAUCUUCGUCCAGAGCAUUAUCGUUCCGUAACUCAAGUGUCUUCGGGUUCAAACGCCGCUUACCAUUAUCCUGUCGUCCCCUUGACUUUCGCGGAACGCAAGCGAUUGAGCGACACACUCUUUUACCUAUCCCGUGAGGUACCAGGUAUGACAGAUGAUUGUGCUGUGAUUCUGCGUGACGCUCGAGAACGGAAUGAAUGGGAUGCGGCCGUGGCGGAGCUUUUGACACAAGCAGUCGUUAGUUUGUAUUGCAGUGAAGGUGAUGUUCAAUUGGAAGGGCUCCAAAAAUAUCUAAUUGCUCUGGGAGUUUCGUGCUAG